AUCAAAUUAGUAAUCAAUUGUAAAAAGAUAAAAGCUAUUUUAUUUUUUUGUAAAACUGUGAAAUGGUUUACGAAAUAAGCGAAAGCUUGAAGGUUGUAUUUCAGGCCAUAGAAGAUAGAUGCAGCGAUCCCAUACUUUAUGAUCGUUAUGAAUUGAAAACGUUACUGCGGAACUUAAGUUCCAUUGAGCAGCUUCUUAUUGCACGAAACUUCUGCAAACUGUCAUGGAAUAUUGGUAGCCUACGUGUUUUAGCGGUGCUACAAACAGCCCACGUCCUCACUGCCAGCAAUUAUAUACUCAGUCAAGAGAACAAUGCGGGGUUACAGUUGAUUCUAAAUGAUUUUCUUGAAGCUGAAUUCGAAUUGAUCCAAGAAUUAUUUAUCGCCGCACAUUAUGAUAGUAGCAAUGGUAUACGUCUAAAUGAUAUUAUAGAUGAAUGUCUUGGCAAUCUCUAUGCUGAUUUACUGCAAAAUCCUAAAUUAAACGAUCUCAAAUACCUUCAAACUGUUACAAAGCAUAUGCCAGCUGAUUUUAUAGUGGGUUUAAUGCAGAGGCAUAUACGCAUUGUGUUAGACCUGCAUAAGAGCAAUACUAAGUCAGCUUUUGCUAACUUUGCAAUCUGGAUAAAUGAAGGCGUAGAUGAAAUUGAAUUUACAAAGGAAAUAUACAGUAAAUUACUUCAACAUUCACAACCGGAAGCGAUUUCCUACCUUUUUAAACUAUCUACCGCAGAAAGCUUUAAGGAAUGGAAGUUUUAUUUAAUUUUACUACAAACAAUUGCCUGCAAAUGCGCUCAGGAGAGCACAUUGGUCAUAAAAAAAUACUUCAAAGCAAGGCUGGUACAAAUAGCUGCAACUCCAUCGCGUGAGGCCAUGUUACAUUUGUUAUUAUCCAUUCGCGCUGCUACUGCCACAACAAUGGAUAUUGAUAAGAAUAUCACCGCUUACGCUGACUGGUACAAACAAAAUAUUAGUGAUAUGAAAUUCAUUUUUAAAGUGGAGGAAUUUCAAGCCAUAAUUGAUCUUCUACAGCAAUGCAUACCUUAUGAAACUGCUGAGGAUUAUAUAGAGAUUCAUGCCACCUACUCGAUAUCACCGCCAUUACAUUGCGGCAAACUUGUGCAAAGCUAUAAGAGUAAAUGCAAAAUGCAGUUGGCCAAAAUAAAAUCCAAGAACAAAGAAGGUAAUGAAAAUGAUAACAGUAUACUUAUCGAAGAUAGUGAAUAAA